CUCCCGGAGAUCACUGAUGUUUGUUGCUGACCUCUCUGAAUUCACCCUUCUUGCUGGAGUUAACCCCAUUUGUUUGCCAAGAGGAAGGGAAGAGCGGACGUGGUGCUGCUUUGGGCUCUGUGUGCUCUCAGCAGCCACGGAGUGAAGUUGCUGGCAGGUGCUGCUGGCUUUCCUCUCUUUGCUUUAACUCCCACUUCCUCCCUCUGCUGAACUGCCUUCAGCUGCUGCUGAGCGCAUCCAGCCCUCUCUGGGUCCCAUUUGUGGGACUGAGUCGUGACACAGGUGUCUUUUUCUAGCAAAAAGGAAGCAUUGAAAUCACACAGAUCAUCAGGGUUUGGGGCAGGUGCCUCUCCAGGAGCGGCUGUUUCCCCUGGUCUGGCCAGGAGGAGGAUAAGGGGUGGCGAAGAGCAGCCCACCACUCCAGGAAUGUGGUUGCUAAGGGGAUGGAGCCGCUCUCAGCUGAUUUGGAAAGGGGCUGAACCAGCCCCAGGGCUAUCAGCAGGCACAGGGCUGUGCCUCUCAUGCCUCUUUGUGAGCUGACAGCCACGAGCUCACUGCUCAGAGCCCUGAUUUCUUGCAUCCGUCGCGCUGUCCAUGCGGUGCAUGCUGUCGAUGACAGUGCUGGCUUCCAGAGCACGAUGUUCCUGGUCGGGCUCUCGGGUGGAAUUGCAUCGGGGAAGAGCACGGUGGUGGCCGUACUCCGGGAACUGGGCUGUGCCGUGAUUGAUGCUGAUGUUAUUGCCAGAGAGGUGGUGCAGCCCCGCCUGAAGGCCUAUCAGCAGAUCGUGCGGUACUUCGGCCCCGAGAUCCUCCUGGAGAGCGGAGAGAUCAACCGCGAGGCGCUGGGAAGCAUCAUCUUCUCCCAGCCGGAGAAACGGCGGCUGCUGAACGCCAUCACCCACCCCGAGAUCCAGAAGGAGAUGCUGAAGCAAGUCUUGAAGUACUUUGUGCUAGGCUACCGCUAUGUGAUCCUCGACAUCCCUCUGCUCUUCGAGACCAAGAGACUGACCAAGUUCAUGAAGCACACCAUCCUGGUUUACUGCGACCCGCAGACCCAGCUGGCACGCCUGAGGAAGAGGAGCGGGCUGUCCCAGGCUGAGGCCGAAGCACGCAUCGCCUCGCAGCUGCCGCUGGACGAGAAGCGCAGGAUGGCCACUCACGUCAUCGACAACUCCGGCGACCGUGAGAGCACGCGCCAGCAGGUGCUGAGGCUGCACGCGAGGCUGGAGGGUUCCCUGGACUUCCUCUGGGCACGGCUGGCGGUGGGAACGGCCGUGGCCGCUCUCGGAGGGCUGCUGUACAUCCUGCUGCAGCAUUUCAUCUCUUAAUUCGCCUUUUUUAGGGUUCUUUUUUUUUUUUUCUUCUCAGUUGUUUUCCAAAGGCCUGGAUUUCCAGGUUUGAAAAGGGCACUGAAAGGCCACCUGUUUUAAUGAGCUUUGCCAGCUGAAUGCAGACAGUGGGGUGAGGUUUCUCCUACUGACUUCCCAAGGUGAAUGUGAGUUUUCUCCCAUCUCUGUUCUUUAACUCUCUGCUCAGGGUCUGGUGCCCAUCUGUGGGGUGAGACAGCUCCCCUGGAGGGGAUAAGGCCCUUCUUAGCCCCAUGGAGAUCUGCAUUCAGGCAUUCAGCCUCUUCCCUGGCAAUCUCUUUAUGGGGGGAAUAGGUGAGCUCUUAGGUCUGGUUCCUGCUGCUGGGUGUCCCCAGGUUGAUCCCCAGUGAUUAGAUAUGGGAUUUCCCCUUCUUUCACCUUAAACCUGUGGUUGGGAACCAGCAGCAUGUCAUUCCCAAUGGCUGGGAGUACAGCUGGCUGCUCGCAGCUCCUCUGCCCCUUGUUUCUGCAGCCUAAACAACCCUGUGAGUGUUACCUUCCAAAGGGGGAUGAUGCUGAGGGUCUGAUGCACCCCCAGAGGGUCUGAGACCUGGGAGCUGCCCCAUGGAAAGGCACUGCUGGAGAGCAUGAGCCUGGGCGAGGCAGGUGCUGGCUCUUGGCGUUUGUUUUAAUAAAGCACUAACCAGCAGGCA